UCGAGGGCUCCCAGCCACUAGCGGUUGGGGGGCGGGGCGCCGUAGCCGCGCGGCGGCCGCCGGGAGGCCCAGCUGAGUUGCCCGGGGAACGGUUCGCUGGGGUGGGCGUCAGCCUCCGCGGUCCCUGUUUCCUGGAGCUGCGACCGAGGCCAUGAAUCAGAGUGAAAGAUUCGUUUUCAUUGCAGAGUGGUAUGAUCCAAAUGCUUCACUUUUUCGACGCUAUGAGCUUCUGUUUUACCCCGGGGAUGGAUCUGUUGAAAUGCAUGAUGUGAAGACUCGUUGCACCUUUUUAAAGCGGACCAAAUACGAUGGCCUUCACUUGGAAGAUUUAUUUAUAGGCAACAAAGUGAAUGUCUUUUCUCGACAGCUGGUGUUGAUUGACUAUGGGGAUCAGUACACAGCUCGCCAGUUGGGCAGUAGGAAAGAAAAAACAUUAGCCCUGAUUAAGCCAGAUGCAAUACCAAAAGCUGGGGAAAUCAUUGAAAUAAUAAACAAAGCUGGAUUUACUAUAACCAAGCUCAAAAUGAUGAUGCUUUCAAGGAAAGAAGCAACAGAUUUUCAUAUAGACCAUCAGUCGAAGCCCUUUUUAAAUGAGCUGAUACAGUGUAUCACGACCGGUCCUGUUAUUGCCAUGGAGAUCUUAAGAGAUGAUGCUGUUUGUGAAUGGAAAAGACUGCUUGGGCCUGCGAACUCCGGUGUGGCGCAGACAGAUGCUCCUGGAAGCGUGAGAGCUCUCUUUGGGACAGACGGCAUCCGAAACGCAGCGCACGGCCCUGAUUCUGUCUCUAGUGCUGCCCGAGAAAUGGAGUUAUUUUUUCCUUCAAGUGGAGUUUGUGGUCCCGCAAACACUGCUAAAUUUACCAACUGUACCUGUUGCAUUAUUAAGCCCCAUGCCAUCAGUGAAGGACUGCUGGGAAAGAUCCUGAUGGCUAUCCGAGAUGCAGGUUUUGAAAUCUCAGCUAUGCAGAUGUUCAACAUGGAUCGGGUUAAUGUGGAGGAGUUUUACGAAGUGUAUAAAGGAGUCGUGUCUGAGUAUAACGAGAUGGUGACAGAAAUGUACUCCGGCCCUUGCAUAGCAAUGGAGAUUCAACAAAAUAAUUGUACUAAGACGUUUCGAGAAUUCUGUGGACCUGCUGAUCCCGAGAUUGCCCGGCAUCUGCGCCCUGGGACCCUCAGAGCAAUCUUCGGUAAAACUAAGGUCCAGAAUGCUGUUCACUGUACUGAUCUGCCAGAGGAUGGCCUCCUAGAGGUCCAGUACUUCUUCAAGAUCUUGGAUAAUUAGCAGUGCAGGAAGGAAAGAAGUCACAGACGGGGGCACUCAGACAAGAGUGAGUCACACACACGAGGACUGUGUUCAUCCUUUUAUUGUCCAUUGUUUUAACCUGACCGAGUACAAGAUCAAUAAGAGCGCGGUCCUCCUGGCAUUAUUACAUGUUAGAACACGGAUUCCCGCUGUAGACAACAUCUAACAUCAGUCUGUGGGGCACUGCAUUGCUUUUCAUAAAGUCCAAAAUAAAGAUUUAUUUUCAAACAA